AUCUGUGGCACAAAAUGUCGUAAACAUUGUCAUCUGUCAAACAUUUACUCCUUGUAUUUUUAUUUUAACAACUUUUCCACAAUCUGCUUAUAGAACAAAGUGUUAAAUUUAAAUGAACGAAGUAAUAAAUAGUGGCGAGAUGAAGGAUUCAUACUCCAUUUAUCACCAAGAGUACUUCAUAAUGGCAGAAUAUCGCAAGUUGCAAACAGAAAAUUUGCAAGGGAUAUAUGUAAUACCCUCAUAUGAAAAUUCCCUAUUAUGGUUUGGAGUGAUAUUUAUAAGAUCUGGUGUAUAUAAAGGUGGAGUGUUUCGCUUCACAUUAACAUUACCGGAAAAGUUUCCUAAUGACGGUGUUCCUGUUGUCACAUUCACAUCAAAACUAUAUCACCCUGCAGUAAAUGCAACUACUGGAGUUCUCAACUUAAAUGAAGUAUUCCCUCAAUGGGAUAGACAGCAAAAUCAUAUCUGGCAAAUACUGAAAUAUUUACAUUUGAUAUUUAACAACUUGAAUUUUAAAUCUCCAGCUAAUAUUGAAGCAUCAGAUGCGUUUAAGAACAAUCGAAAAGUAUUCCUGGAGAAAGUGAAAGAGUGUGUAAUGUGUAGUAUUGAUCACAUUUAUGAUGACCCUCCCGUUGAUGACAAACAUUACAUUACCUUCAAGCCAUAUGAUCCUGAACUUCAUGAAACCGCAAAAAAUGAAAUGCUUAAGUUGUCAAAAACAAAUGAGGGGUCACAUGGAAUAUCCUGGGUGCAACCAGGAUCCUUUCAAUCAUUUUCUAAAGAAACUACAUAAUCUUAUAUCUUCUUAUUCAAUACU